AUGACACCUACAUUAUUUGAUGUUUAUGAGAUAUUAGGACUAGUCGUGGAUGGCGACCCUAUUACAUAUUAUCCAAUUAGUGACCUCCGAGAGUUCAUAGAAAACAAUUUAGGUAUAGUCCCCACUAGAGGCAACGUGGCAGUCAUCAAGUACUCAUGGUUGAAAGCCAACUUUCGCACAUUGCUACCUGAAGUUCCUAGAUAUACUCGAGCCUACCUACUCUUCCUCAUUAGUGUCACCAUUUUCACAGAUCCAUUGCAGGCAACAGUGUCAAUAAGGUAUUUACAAUUCCUUGAGCAUAUUGUAGAAGUCGGCAGAAAUGCUUGGGGUGCUGCAGCCCUUGCAUAUCUAUAUCGUUCCAUUGCAAAUGUUUAUACUUUCAAGCGAAGACAUUUGAAUAGUUCAACCACUCUUAUGCAAGUUAGUGCAGUUCAGGCUAGUAUAGUUAUGUUAGCAAAGGCACUUGCACUUAGACAAAAGUGGUAUCCUGAAGUUUAUAAUUGUGUUAACAACGCGUUUGAAAUGCUAUCAUUUGUGCAUCACAAGCUUCUGGAAUUUGCAAUUGUAUUUUCGGUUGUUGAACAACUGAAAAUGCAGUUGCCAUUCCAGCAAGCUUCUGGAAUAUUCAGUGUUGGUAGAGUUGAGGAAGCUGUUGAGUUGCUCAGUGAAAUUAAUCAAAAUUCAUGUGAAAAACCGGACAUUUAUACAUAUACAGGCGCCAUGGAUGGUCUCUGUAAGGUGGGGCGAUCAGAUGAAGCAAGGGAAUUGCUUGAAGAAGCCAUUCAUUCAGGUAUUAAGCCAAACCCAAUUGCUUAUAAUGCUUUGUUCAAUGGUUACUGCAAAGAAGGAAGGGCUUUAGAGGGGUUUAGUCUUUUACAGGAGAUGUUUGAUAGGGAAAUUGAGCCUGAUUUCAUUAGCUAUGCAACUUUACUUCAUGGUUUGUUGAAAUGGAAUGAAAUCGAAAUGGGUCUGCAAAUUUAUGAUCGAAUGUCGAGAAUUGGGUUCAAACCAUGCGAAAGAACACUGAAUAAGCUUGCUCGAGGUCUCUGUAGGGUUUCUUUGUGUAAAGAAAUCUCUUUGGGAGAUGUAGAAAGAGUUUUUAGGAGCAUUAGGGAGUUGGGUUAUGUACCAUCUCCUCAUACUUACUGUCUAAUGAUUCAUUCUCUCUCUACAAGAGGAGAAAUGGAGAAAGCUUUAUCAAUUCUAACUGAAAUGAUCGAAAACGGGCAUCCUCCAAAGAGGAUGACAUAUAACACUCUAAUUAAGGGGCUUUGUAGUAAGGGAAGGGUGGAUGAUGCAAUGGAUGUGUUGAAACUCAUGUUCGAGAGAGAAACAAGUCCCAGUAAAGCUGCAUAUAAUAUCUUGAUUCGAGAAUUUAAUCAAUCAGGUCGGGUGUUUGAUGCCAGUAGGCUUUAUGCAAAGGCAUUGAAGAGGGGUGUUGUUCCUCAUCAGCAACCAGCUGAAAUUUUGGUGAAAGAAACUGAUUUUUGUGAAGAUGGAACCUUUUGA